UCUUUAAUUGGAAAUAAAAUUUAGUGAAUCUGAAGAAUGAGAAGUACAAAUUUUGCCAUAUACUCGCAAGGAAAGUAUAAAAACAGAAGCUGCAGUAGUGGCACCCACACUGUUUAAUUAAGUGAACGAAUCAGGAGGAACAGAAUCACUAUCUUUAAAGGUGGUGGCAUUUCAUCCAAAACAUACGACAUAACGCCAAUUUUUAACAUGGAACAGAAGAAAAAAUCGGUGCAGAAAUGUUACAUGUUGCAUGGUUUUUGUUGGUAAGGGUACCUGAGCGCUGGCAUGUGUGCAUGGAAACUGUUUUGACCGGUCGUGCACACACUUUUGCACAAGUUUGUAUGUGUAUACAAGCGUCUAUGCGCAUGUUUGCCUGUUUGAUUGCUUGCCUAUCUGAUGCAAGUUUAACAAGUUUUGAAGCUUUCGGGACUUCUGAAUUUCCACCUCCACAUACACAGAACAAAAAAAAAAAAAAUUGGAAGCUGAAGGAAGCAUCUCCGAGCCUAUUAAGUGGACUAACAUCUUUACAACGUUCACGACGUUACAAAAUGCCAUGACCGAAGACUGAUUCAUAACUUAGAUGCGACUUUAAAGAUUUAGUCGCAGUAAGUUAUUCUUCGUUGAACUUAUUGAGCCUAGUGGUGCCUUCACUGUGGUAUUCUUUUAUAGGUGCAAGACCGAUACCAGCAAUAACCCUAGAUACGCUCUUAAAAUAAGAAGAAAAAAUCAAAGUUAUUGGCCAUCUUCCCCUAAUAGUAAAGCAAAUCAAUUAUUGUACCCGAUUACCUACCCAAUGGCGAAUUGUCUGGCAAAGUUGAUCACUUCCCUCAUGAUUUGUUGCAGUUGUAAGUUGGCAAAAUUUCGCUCAUUAUAGACUUCCUGCACAACGGAGAACAUUCUGUUAACGCAAAGAUUUCACAUAAAGUUGUCCGAUUUUGAGGCAUGUUCGCAUAUAUAGGUACGAUCUUAUAAAUAUAAACCACAGAUUAAUAUACCAUUAGCUGAAGAAUGGUGACAAACAAAUCUGUUUCCCAAAUAUUGAAGAGUUUAAACAACUAUAUUGAACGGAAACAAACAAAGCUACAUUUAAUCUAAACUCUUACAAAAUUAUUAAUUUAACAGAGGGAAUGGAAACGUUAUUAAAACUAUUUCUUAACGAUUACUUUUAGAGCUUAUGCUUAGAGUAUAAUUAUAAUAAUAUAUGUAAUAGCGAGUGCAGGCAAAAAAAAAUAUAACGGAACUCGGCUUCGUCGUGGCAGAGCACGAAUUCCCAAACAGUAAAAAUUUUUGAGCAAGCUCAGCACCAACGAAAAACUAGCUUGUACUCGAUUGUUGAAUCAAAGAGUCGACUUCUAGAAUGAACGCACGCUCACAGAUAUUUGAUCUUACUAUGGAAGGUCGCCAGGUGGAUGAGGCAGUGGCCGGCAUAUUUCACACAGUGCUUUUUCACCGCUGUUUGGGCAAAUAUAUGUAUACGGGAGAUGCACAAUACUCGAUUGGUACCGUGGGGUAUUCAGAUGUCGAUUGUGACUUUAUUGAUUUCACAUAUGUUUGCUGCACAUCAGAUAGCCUUACGCGCAGGGUGAAGCGUGCCAUCAAUUUGUUUAGCGAAAAGUUGCGCUCAAAUGAAAGCUGCGGAUCCGGACAGAUCAGUUUGGAGUUUUUUCAGAAAAAGAAAAAUCGUUGGUUAUUUACACAGGAGUCUAUACCAUGGGAGGUGUGGACAGUACACCUGGAUUUAAUUAAACACGAGAACGAGGAUGAGCGCCAGCUCUGCCGCGAAAAUGUGUCGGACCUGCUUACCGAAAAGGUUAUAUACAUUACAGAAUUAAUGAACCGACACGAUUAUGUACCUAAGACUCCAAGUCAAAGCGAGCUUGAUCUGAUCUUCGACACUUCCUUUCCCGAUGUACAGCCAUAUUUGUUCAAAUUCGAUUAUUCAACUUCCGGAUCAACGGCACCUUCAAUGGGAAAUGCCAUGAAAAAGAUCAUCAAAGAAACGCUUGCAAUGUGAUUUUCUGAAUAUUAGCAAAGAAACGUAUGUCUUGGUCUGUGCGGUCAACGUUUUUUUUUGCUUAACCGAUAAUAAUUUAUGUGGCAAUAACUAUAAAACUGGCUAGCACACCUAUUCUUGAACUUGUUAGUAUUUUGUGUAUGGCUUUUUCAAAAAGAGCGCCAUGACCAAAAUCAUUAAGAAAAAAAAUCUUCUGCUUAACAGACAUGUAAUAUGUCUAAAAUGUAAUACAAUCUCUCAUUAAACAACAAUUAAAUAUUCGGAGUCCUUUGCGAGCUAAUA